CUGAAGCCUUUAAAUUUUAAUUCUUUGUUUGAGCUCCUCAGAGAUUCCUUCACCACUGCAUUUGUGAAGAACCUGACUAUGGUUCUGGUCUGGCUCAUCAUCAGUUACAUCAAUGGAGCUUUAGUUGCUACGUUUUUCAGACACCAGAUCUUUUAUGAAGACCCUCGCUAUAUCCUCUUCAUCCACAUGGUGAUCAAUGAUGCCAUCCAGCUAACCGUCACCAUCACACUUUUUGUCCUCAGCUACAUCUUCUACAAACUAAACGUCUCUUUCUGCUGCUUCUUUAUCCUGGUGGCAGUCUUCACCACCAGAAACACCCCUGUCAGCUUAGCCAGCAUGGCCAUAGAGCGCUACAUUGCUGUUUGCAAACCUUUACAUUACCCCCAAAUCUGCACAGCAAGGAGAACUUACAUAGUCAUUGGGUUGAUGUGGUUUAUAUGUGCGGCUCCAGACAUUACAGAUCUGUUUGUGACUCUGGCCACCGAGUCCCUGAGCUUCUUUCAUGAGUCAGUCUUCUGCUUGCGCCAGAAUGUUUUCAAAGACCCGAUCCUGGCAUACAAACGACAAGCCUUUGACAUCAUCUGCUUCUCUUGUGUGUUUCUGACUUUGGUCUUCACCUAUCUGAGGAUCCUGUUUGCAGCCAGGUCCCUCUCCACAGACAAGAUGUCAGCUCAGAAAGCCAGAAACACCAUCCUCCUGCAUGGGGCCCAGCUGGCCAUGUGCAUGCUCUCUUACAUUUCCCCAAGUGUGGAGAUUAUUCUACAUCUCAUCUUUCCAGGUCAAAUCCUAGAAAUCAGAUUCGCAAACUACCUGAUCGUCUACAUCUUUCCCCGGUUCCUGAGCCCAAUCAUCUACGGUGUCAGAGACAAAAGGUUUAGCAAGUACCUCAAAAUACACUUUCUGACCCUCAGGUGCAGGCACAAACUGUGGACAGUCACCCCACUGGACAAAGACAACAUGUAA